GUCACGCCACCCAGACACACCCGGACCCGCCCACACGCCGAGGCCUUCCCACGCACUCCAUGCCUUGCGCCUCACAGGAAACCGCCCCGCGCUCACACAGCUCCUCACACCCGCAGCCCCGCUUACACGCGCCCCAGCUCACACAUGCACCCCAGUCACACAGCCCAGCUCACACACGCACCCCAGUCACACACACAACCCAGCUCACACACGUACCCCAGUCACACAUGAGGCCCCAGCUCACACACGAAACCCAGUUCACACACGCAGCCCCAGCUCUCACACACACACCCCAGUCACACACGAGGCCCCAACUCAUACACGAAGCCCAGCUCACACAUACAGCCCCAGUUACACACACAGCCCAGCUCACACACACAGCCCCAGUCACACAGCUCAGUUCAUACAAGCAGCCGGUCACACACAGCCCAGCUCACACAGGCAGCCCGUCAGACACACACAGCCCAGCUCACACAAGCAGCCUGUCACACACACAGCCCAGCUCACACACACAGCCCGUUAUAUACACACAGCCCAGCUCACACACGCAGCCCGUCACACACACAGCUCAGCUCAAUACACAGCCCAGCUCACACACACAGCCCGUUACACACACAGCCCAGCUUACACACACAGCUCAGCUCACACACACAGCCCAUCACACACACAGCCCGUCACACACACAGCUCAGCUCAAUACACAGCCCAGCUCAUACAUGCAGCCCAGCUCUCACAUACACUCCAGCUCACACACUCAGCCCGUCACACACAGUCCAGCUCACACAGCCCCAGUCACACACACAGCCCAGCUCACACCGCAGCCCCAGCUCACACACGCGGCCCCUCACACACAUUCAGCCGCCCUUCCCGCAGCUGCCAGGCUGGGAACGGGCGGUGUCUGUGGGGCCGCCCCGUUUCCCGGCCGCGCAAACAAGCGGCUCCUUCUCUCUGCCCCGCCAAAGAAAGGCCGCUUGUCAGGGGCGGGCGGGCGGCAGCGGCAGGCGCCCAACACUGCGGCCUUGUCCCACGCGGGCGGCCUGGGCAGGAGCAGGCCGAGGGGUGCAAGGGGCCGCUACCUUGCGGAAACCUCCCUCCCUCUGCCCUGCGGACCGCGGAGAGGCACCUUUCCACCACUGGACACCCAAGCGACAGCCCCGGCUCCAUCCGCGCUCUCCCGGCUCCCCCUCUCCUCGGGCCUCCCAUCUCUCCUCUCUUCCGCCUUUGGGGUCCCGGUCGGCCCCAGCCUCCCUCUCCUUCGCCCCAUCUCCCCGCCCGUCAGCCUCCCCUCCGCUGCCCUCGCGCAUCCCCAGUCUUCCCGUCUGUCGUCUCCUCCACUUGAGGACCCGCCUGUCCUUUCUCCCCCGACCCCUCCACCUCUGUGUUCUUCAGUCUCCCCGCAUCCUCUGCCCUCGGUCUUCACCUCCCCAACUUGCAUUUCUUCCCAUCCCUUAGUCUGCCUUUCAUUUUCCCCUCCACAUCUGGGUGGCUCCCCUUCCCCGCCCAGUCCCUCUGCGCACCCCCAUUCAUCUCUGUCAGGUUUUUCUCAUCCUUAAGUUCUCUCGUCCCCCUUCCCACUCGGGCGUCCCCCGCUGGGCUCCCCGCCUCAGUUUCCUUCCCUUCCUGGCUCCUUCCUCUGCCGGCGGCCCUUUCUCGAGGGCGGAUGUGCGCCUGGAGGGCGAAGGCGGCGGCCGAGAGGACCCCAGCUCGGCCCGGCGGGCCUCUGGCCACAGCCAUGCACCGCUUGGGCCGAGGCCGAGGCCGACCCCCAGGGACACAGGAGCUCUGGAGCCUUAGGACCAUGGACGCUCUCAAUAGAAACCAAAUAGGCCCUGGAUGCAAGACCCAGACCAUGGUGCAGAAAGGACCCUUGGACCUGAUCGAGACAGGCAAAGGGCUGAAAGUGCAAACGGAAAAACCCCACCUGGUGAGCCUGGGCAGUGGGCGACUCAGCACAGCCAUCACCCUCCUGCCGCUGGAGGAAGGGAGGACGGUGAUUGGCUCUGCAGCCAGAGACAUCUCACUACAGGGCCCAGGCCUGGCUCCAGAGCACUGCUACAUCGAGAACCUGCGGGGCACCCUCACCCUCUACCCCUGUGGCAAUGCCUGCACUAUUGAUGGGCUCCCUGUCCGGCAGCCUACCCGGCUCACUCAGGGCUGCAUGUUGUGCCUGGGUCAGUCCACCUUCCUUCGCUUUAACCACCCGGCUGAAGCCAAGUGGAUGAAAAGCAUGAUUCCAGCAGGGGGCCGAGCCCCUGGGCCCCCCUACAGCCCUGUACCUGCAGAAUCAGAAAGUCUGGUAAAUGGGAACCACACCCCACAGACUGCAACACGGGGACCCUCCGCCUGUGCCAGCCACAGUUCCCUGGUGAGCUCUAUUGAGAAGGACCUGCAAGAGAUCAUGGACUCACUGGUGCUAGAGGAGCCUGGAGCUGCUGGCAAGAAGCCUGCCGCAACCUCUCCACUGUCGCCGAUGGCUAAUGGUGGGCGCUACCUGCUGUCUCCCCCAACCAGCCCCGGUGCCAUGUCUGUGGGCUCCAGCUAUGAGAACACCUCUCCAGCCUUCUCUCCACUCUCUUCACCAGCCAGCAGUGGAAGCUGUGCCAGUCACUCACCCAGUGGGCAAGAGCCAGGACCUUCUGUGCCCCCGCUGGUACCUGCCCGUUCCUCCAGCUACCAUCUGGCCCUGCAGCCCCCACAGUCCCGACCAAGUGGUGCUCGCUCCGAGAGUCCUCGGCUGAGCAGGAAAGGGAGCCAUGAGAGGCCUCCCAGCCCUGGCCUCCGGGGUCUGCUGACAGACAGCCCUGCAGCUACUGUCUUGGCGGAGGCCCGGAGAGCCACUGAGAGCCCCCGGCUGGGUGGGCAGCUGCCUGUGGUGGCCAUCAGCCUGAGUGAAUACCCAGCUUCUGGUGCUCUCAGUCAACCCACCAGCAUUCCUGGCAGCCCCAAGUUUCAGCCUCCAGUCCCUGCUCCCCGAAACAAGAUUGGCACACUCCAGGACCGCCCUCCCAGCCCUUUCCGUGAGCCUCCAGGCAGUGAGCGGGUCCUAACAACCAGCCCCUCACGCCAGCUGGUGGGCCGAACAUUUUCAGAUGGGUUAGCCACCCGUACCCUGCAGCCUCCUGAGAGUCCCCGCCUGGGCCGGCGGGGCCUGGACAGUAUGCGAGAACUACCCCCCUUAAGUCCGUCUCUGUCCCGGCGAGCUCUCUCCCCGCUGCCCACCCGGACCACCCCAGAUCCCAAGCUAAGCAGGGAAGUGGCAGAGAGUCCUCGGCCCCGGCGCUGGGCAGCCCAUGGGGCUUCACCAGAGGACUUCUCCCUGACGCUGGGGGCACGGGGCCGUAGGACACGGAGCCCCUCACCCACACUGGGUGAGUCUCUGGCACCCCGCAAGGGCAGCUUCAGUGGCAGGCUGAGCCCAGCCUACAGUCUGGGCUCUCUUACUGGGGCUUCACCCUGCCAGAGUCCCUGUGUCCAGAGGAAGCUCUCCAGCGGGGACUUGCGGGUGCCUGUCACAAGGGAGCGGAAAAAUAGCAUCACAGAGAUCAGUGACAAUGAGGACGACCUCCUGGAGUACCACCGGCGACAGCGCCAAGAGCGGCUCCGGGAGCAGGAGAUGGAGAGGCUGGAACGCCAGCGCCUGGAGACCAUCCUGAACCUGUGUGCCGAAUACAGCCGGGCUGAUGGGGGACCUGAGGCUGGGGAGCUUCCCAGCAUUGGGGAGGCCACCGCAGCAUUGGCACUGGCAGGCCGGAGGCCCUCACGAGGCCUUGCAGGGGCCUCUGGGCGGAGCAGUGAGGAGCCUGGAGUUGCCACCCAACGCCUAUGGGAGAGUAUGGAGCGCUCAGAUGAGGAAAAUCUCAAGGAGGAGUGCAGCAGCACUGAGAGCACCCAGCAGGAGCAUGAAGAUGCACCUAGCACCAAGCUCCAGGGAGAGGUGCUAGCCCUGGAAGAGGAGCGGGCUCAGGUGCUGGGGCGCAUGGAGCAGCUCAAGGUCCGUGUGAAGGAGCUAGAGCAGCAGCUGCAGGAGUCAGCCCGAGAGGCCGAAAUGGAGCGGGCACUGCUGCAGGGAGAGAGGGAGGCAGAGCGGGCACUGCUGCAGAAGGAGCAGAAGGCAGUGGAUCAACUGCAGGAGAAGCUGGUGGCCUUGGAGACAGGCAUCCAGAAGGAGAGGGACAAGGAGAGGGCGGAGCUGGCCGCGGGACGGAGGCACCUGGAGGCCCGCCAGGCGCUCUACGCCGAGCUCCAGACGCAGCUCGAUAACUGCCCCGAGUCAGUGCGGGAACAGUUACAGGAGCAGCUGAGAAGGGAGGCAGAGGCCCUGGAGACUGAGACAAAGCUCUUUGAGGACUUGGAGUUCCAGCAGUUGGAGCGGGAGAGCCGCGUGGAGGAGGAGCGCGAGCUGGCCGGCCAGGGGCUGCUCCGGAGCAAGGCUGAGCUGCUCCGCAGCAUCGCCAAGAGGAAGGAGCGCCUGGCCAUCCUGGACAGUCAGGCUGGGCAGAUCCGGGCUCAGGCCGUGCAGGAAUCAGAACGCCUGGCCCGAGACAAGAAUGCCUCCUUACAGCUGCUGCAAAAGGAGAAAGAGAAACUGACUGUGCUGGAAAGGAGAUACCACUCACUCACAGGGGGCAGGCCUUUCCCGAAGACCACAUCGACCCUCAAAGAGAUGGAGAAGCUGCUGCUCCCUGCUGUAGACUUAGAGCAGUGGUACCAGGAGCUGAUGGCCGGGCUGGGGACUGGCCCCGCUGCAGCCUCCCCUCACUCUUCUCCCCCGCCUCUGCCCGCCAAAGCUUCCCGUCAGCUGCAGGUUUACCGCUCCAAGAUGGAUGGCGAGGCCACCAGCCCCCUUCCCCGGACCCGCAGCGGCCCCCUCCCCUCCUCCUCUGGCUCUUCCUCCUCCUCCUCCCAGCUCAGCGUGGCUACCCUGGGGCGUAGCCCCUCCCCAAAGAGCACUCUACUCACCCAGAAUGGCACGGGCAGCCUUCCUCGCAACCUGGCAGCCACGCUGCAGGACAUCGAGACCAAGCGCCAACUAGCUCUGCAGCAGAAGGUCGAGUCGCUUCCCGCCGAGCCCCUCCCAACCGACGACCCAGCAGGACAACAGGUGAUUGAAGAGCAACGGCGGCGACUGGCUGAGCUGAAGCAGAAAGCGGCAGCUGAGGCACAGUGCCAGUGGGAUGCCCUUCACGGGGCAGCCCCCUUCCCAGCGGGCCCCUCGGGCUUCCCCCCUCUCAUGCACCACUCUAUCCUACACCACCUGCCUGUGGGGCGGGAGCGUGGGGAGGAGAGUGAGCAUGCCUACGACACGCUAAGUCUGGAGAGCUCUGACAGCAUGGAGACCAGCAUCUCCACCGGGGGCAACUCGGCCUGCUCCCCUGACAACAUGUCCAGUGCGAGUGGUCUGGACAUGGGGAAGAUCGAGGAGAUGGAGAAGAUGCUGAAAGAGGCUCACGCAGAGAAGAACCGGCUCAUGGAGUCGAGGGAGCGGGAGAUGGAGCUGCGGCGGCAGGCCCUGGAGGAGGAGCGGCGGAGGCGUGAGCAGGUAGAACGGAGGCUGCAGAGUGAGAGUGCCCGGAGGCAGCAGCUGGUCGAGAAGGAGGUCAAGAUGCGGGAGAAACAGUUUUCCCAGGCACGACCCCUGACCCGCUACCUGCCAAUCCGGAAGGAGGACUUUGACCUGAAGACACAUAUUGAGUCAUCAGGCCAUGGUGUUGAUACCUGCCUGCACGUGGUGCUCAGCAGCAAGGUCUGCCGUGGCUACUUGGUCAAGAUGGGCGGCAAGAUUAAAUCAUGGAAGAAGCGCUGGUUUGUCUUCGACCGGCUCAAGCGCACCCUUUCCUAUUAUGUGGACAAGCAUGAGACGAAGCUGAAGGGAGUCAUCUAUUUCCAGGCCAUUGAGGAAGUGUACUACGACCACCUGCGCAGUGCAGCCAAGGUCAGGGGUGGAGGGCAGCAGAGGGGGCCAGAGGGACAGCCAUGGCGAAGGGGUGGCCUGGUGGGGCUCUGGGAGCAAAGGCCUCCAGCCUGCCCUCUACAGAGGCUCCAACCCAGUCCUUGUUCUCUUUGUCAACUUUCUCUUCCUUUCUCCCUCUCCCCUUCCCAGAAGAGGUUUUUCCGCUUCACUAUGGUGACUGAGGUACCCCUCCCCACUUAGCUGUAACCAGCACAUUAACACCUCCUGUACCCCACUCAUCCCUGACCCUUGACUCUCCCCUUCAUCCCCCUCCCUUCCCCCAGGCCCAAGGGAGGAGCAGAAAGCAGGUUGCAAAGAGCAAGAAGCUCCUGUGGGCUUGGGUGCCUCCCUCUCCUUGUUGCCUCCCUCUCCUGGAAAUGACAGCAGGAUGUCUCCCCAUGGGGGUCUGGUGAUACAGAAGGGAUGGCCGGAAGGGGUGGAGGGGACCCUUAAAGACUAGAUUCGAUAGGGAGAAAUUGAUAAACAGGAGAUAUUUGAGGCUGGGGCCUGCUUCCCUAAUGCAAGUCAGCCUUGCUGCCACCAACUCUCUGGUGCCCACCCCAGUCCUGAUCUCUGCUCCUCUGGGGUCCCAGGGCCUAGCAUCCUACUUGUAGCUUUUUCUAUGUGCCCCUGUUUUGCUGAGAGGAAACUCUGGUCCUCACUGGAAAAGCCUUUGUGUUUGAUCCUCUUGAUACUCACUUUUGAACCUGGGGUGCCAAGGACCAGUGCCCCCUUGUCAGGGUAUAGCUCUGUCAGGGUCCAGGGAGUUUAGAGAGACCAGAACUGCUGUGGUGUGAGAAGGGAACAUUUCAGCCUGGGGUUCACAUGGACUGGUGGGGUCUAGGCUCUGGGCCUAUUUAGUACUCAGUCCUAAGCUCCAGGGCUUUCUAGGGGCUGGGAGGGGAAAGGGCAGAUAGGGAGGUAGGUGAGAAUGUUCCUGGGCAUGGGUGAGCCCCAUCUUAGACCUUCCUCUCUUCCUUUGGCAGAGCCCGAACCCAGCCCUCACCUUCUGCGUAAAGACCCACGACCGGCUGUACUACAUGGUGGCCCCAUCUGCAGAGGCCAUGCGCAUCUGGAUGGAUGUCAUUGUCACAGGGGCUGAGGGCUACACUCAGUUCAUGAACUAACUGCCGUGGGCCUCCUGGCAGAGCACAACUGGGGCUUUUGUAUAAGAAGACUUUAAUAUUCUGUAAGGAGCUUGGUCCUGUGAGUUUCUGGGCUCUGGCCUCCUGAAGAACCAGCCAGAAGAAGAAAAGUGGAGGUGGUUUUGCUGCCUCCUGGGAGCCCAGAACUUGCAGUAACCCUUUAGGGUCCUGCCCCAGGCCCAGCCAGGGCUGAGGAGCUGUCACAGAGAGGGCCUCAGCUCCGACCUGACACCUGCUCUCCCCAGCCUGUUUUCUCUUUUCUAAAAGACAAAUUAUGGUACCAUAAGCUGCCAAAGAUCCCCUCCUGCCUCAGACCCCUUUGCCAGGGGCUUUGGGGGCUGAGCAGAGCCACAUCCAGAGUGGGGUAAUAGCUCAGGCAGCCCGCUUCCCAUUUCUCAAACCCCGCUCUGCCCCAUUGUUCUCCUUUCCCUUAUACUUUUUAUUACCUUGCUCAAGGGCCAGAGAUCUCAAGUGUCAACCUUGAGGUCCCAGCUCCAUCCCCUAGUUGCAGACUCAUCACCAUGGUUACCAUAGUGACUGCUUCAUUGCCAUGGUUACAUACUAAUUGCUGCAGCUCUGUGGCCCAGCCGACUGCUUCAGCUGUGGGCCAUCUGAGGGUACGUGCCAUCAUCUCUCCAGCCCAGGCCCCUGGGCAUCUCAUGCUGGGGGGAAGGGACUGAACACCUUUUUCCUGCCCCCGCCUGUGUCUUCAGCCCUGAUGCACAGGCUGCCAGCCCCCCAGUCUAGCCCUCUUCCUUCCACUGGUGCCUUGCUUAGAGCCAGAAGGGAUGAAGCCGGGGGAUCUAUGGAACAGAGGAGGAGCGAUGCAGUUGGGAGAGGAAGCUAGAAGGGUUAUGGUUGGAGUUCUGUACAGGGUUGAGUUUCCGACAGGGAAAGAGGAUUCCUCCAAUGCACCUAGAGGGAAAGCCUGAGCAGGAGAUGACGCAGCAGAGGGGAAGGGCCCUGUGGUGCCGCCGCCCUUCCUUCAGCCUCCGAAGGGCGAUGGAAAUGGAGAGUGGAGGAACAGGCCUCCAGCUGUCUGGCCUCGCCCUUCACGCCUUAACACUAAGCCCACCUCCCCUGCUCUCCUUCCCAGCAUUGAGCCCUUGGUUGCCUGGGCCCAGGCUGGGGGUUUUCAGUAUUUGUAAGCAUUUCAGCAGAACAAUAAAGCCUUUGGACUACA